CUGCGAGUGCAUCAGGAGUCAAACUGAAGUAUUUCGAUAUCAGAUGUCCCCGCUCGAGUUAUUGUUUUGUCAUAUUUGGUGUGUUCAUAUUCUGUAGUGUUGUAUCGUGAUUGCAAUUCUCUCUUGAUAGCUCAUAUAUGAACGGUGACGAUGGAUUUAUCUUUUUUGUUCUUGUUGUCGUGAUCAACUUGCAAGUGAGACUCGACGGUAUUCACAAUGACUUCCCAAUUCUCGGAUGGCGAUGCUACGAACUCAAUACUCCGACCUCGGCACAGAUCUAUUGAGGGUCAUACUACCUUUUCUUCCCCAUCAACCAUGAUCAAGUUUUUCAUCAGUGAUGAAAACAACACCGUUGAGUUCAUAGUACACAAAGAGACAGCUUGUAAUAUCAGUCCAGCUUUCAAUGCAGCUUUUAACGGCCAAAUGCUCGAGGGUCAGAUCCAGCAAUAUUUUAUUGAUGACACAACCGUUCGAGCGUUCCGUCUACUAACGCAAUACAUGUACUCGCACAAGAUUAGAAACGUUCAGUUGGGUAGCGAGUGGCACAACACCGUCGAGUGGUGGGAAGAGCAUAAAGAUAUUGCUUAUGAUGAGAAUAUGAGCCUCGCAAGACCAUUCCUUCCAGUCGAACUCUGGGUGCUCGCUGACAAAUAUCAAAUCCCCAAGCUGCAAAACCUCGCAAUGACUGCUCUGCUCGACGUCCAGUAUCAGAACUUGACGGUUACCCCUAGAUCCUGA